AUGGCCCUUGUGGGAUUAGCAGUUGCAGCUGACUCGAGCACUGCUAAUUCUACUGCACCAAGUAUAACUAAUACGACUACGACUCCUAAUACGACAGUUUCUUCUAAUGCAACAAUUCCUUCUAAUACAACAAUUCCUUCUAAUACAACCAUUCCUUCUAAUACCACCACCGGUAAUAGUACUACCACCAGCAAUAGUAAUAAUAGUACUACCAGCAAUACAACUACCACCAGCAAGAAUACACCUGACCCAAAGGUCACGCAUCCCAGUCAACCAAACUACUUUGCCAUGGUAGCCGGGAAUACAUUUGGGGCUGACGACAGUAAUAUGAACAUCAGUGGCUCUUCAAUUGCCGAUAGUUUGGAAGAAAAAAAGCUGACCUGGAAGAAUUAUGCUGAAAACUACCCAGGGAAUUGCUUCCUCGGUCAAAAUAGCACCAAAUACUAUAGGAAACAUACUCCGUUCAUCUCAUUCACAAAUAUAUAUUCCAAUGCGACAAGAUGUGCAAACAUUGCUAAUGAAACUCAAUUCCAAUCAGACUUGAACAAUGGCAAACUUCCCAACUACAUAUUUUACACCCCAAAUAUGGACAACGACGGCCACGACACAAACGUUACAUUCGUGGCAAGCUAUCUCAGCAAGUUCUUGGAUCCUAUGCUUGCAAACAAAACGGCGUCGAAUAAUACUCUCUACGUCAUCACAUUUGACGAAGGAGAGGUCACACCAGGACAGGAGACUAAUCACAUUUAUACCGUGUUGCUUGGGUCACCAGUCGCUCAAUACAAAAACACGACGGAUAAUACCGCAUAUGAUCAUUAUUCAUUAUUGAAAACAGUUGAAAUUAAUUGGAAUUUGAGUUCAUUGAACAGAAACGACACGAAUGCUACAGCAUUUAAAGGAGUAGUUACCACAAACGUCAAUAAUAGUGGUUCGAAUUCAGCUGACAAUUCAGCUAAAAUAGGUUCAGCUUCGUCAAUAAUUUACAAUGGAUUUAUGACUUUAUUAAUUGUAUUUACUACGAUUUUCUUCAAUCUUCUCUGA